GGCUUGGGUAUCCGCAAAGCACAGACCACUGCUUAACUCCGUCUCCUAUCGUUUAUGUUUCCCCCGGCUGGCAUGUCAUUUCACAGUCACUUCGGCCUCUUUCUCUCACCAUCCAAAGUCCUGCCCCGCCUUCAUAAUGUCGACACUCUCAUCUCCCCGUCCGUCGAUUGCUUCUUCUCGCGCACACUCACCCACACCAGCGUCAUCACGUCGUCCCUCUCUUGACACUUUGAACACGAAUGUCGGCGGAGGUCUAAGUGCCUCGUCCACCCCCUCUACAGCCCGAGCCGUCUCUCCAUCUCUCCAUCCAAGACGCAAUCGCACCGCGCUUCGGGACUACUACAAUUUAAGGCCUUCCGCUGCUGAUCCCUCAGGCAAUGGAAGCACCUUUCGCUCCCGCAGCAUCCCCAGACACACCGAUGCCGGGGACAUGUCCAGUCCGUCAUCAGUAGUAGCUACAGGAACCGAACUGGAUAGCCCGGACUUCGACCCUCAACGUUACGUCAAUCACCUGUUGGCUACUUCUUCGUUGGCGACUGUGCUCAAGGCGGAGAAUACUCUUGUUGGGGAUAUCAAAACACUUGACAGUGAACGCAAGGCCCUUGUCUAUGACAACUACUCAAAGCUGAUCCGGGCUGUGGAAACCAUUGGCAAGAUGCGCCGAAGUAUGGACGAGCGUGGCGCUCCUCUGACCAUGACGAAGACUCUCGGUCCGGCUAUUGCAUUUGUGGCCGAAACGGCCACAGGUCUGAUACAGGAAGGCGAAGAGCAGCAGCGGCGUGUGCGAGAGGCCAAGGCUACAGAUGGAACAGACCGCCGGAAGGCAGAGAAGGAAACGGUACAGUGGGUUCUUGGAGCACCAAGUCGACUAGAGAAGCUUCUGUCCGAGGGCAAGGAGGAUGAGGCCACCAAUGAUUGGGAGGAGAUACGGAACCUGCUUGAUACGUGGGAGGGCGUUAAAGGGGUGGCUGAAAUUCGUCAGGCUUGCGAGAAGGCCAUGAAGCGCGAUGAAACUCCUUAAGAAAUCGAGAAGAACCGUCUCCCACCGGAAGGACUCUGUUGAAUGAGAUCAAGACCUCUUCAUCCCGCAUAUGAGCAUACAUUAUGACUCGACCAUCUGGCAUUGACACCUCUCAAUCGAUCCUGACCAUGCACAGGGGCACUGGGACGUGGGUUUCCCAUGCUAAGUCAACUCGUGCUUUCGGGACCCACCAUCAGGAUGCCUUGGGAACCAGGAAUCAGCCUCAUCCACAAGGACCAUGAGGACAUCCAGCUG